CCCGCCAUGGUGUCAUGGAUCAUCUCCAGGCUGGUGGUGCUUAUAUUUGGCACCCUUUACCCUGCGUAUUAUUCCUACAAGGCUGUGAAAUCGAAGGACAUUAAAGAAUAUGUAAGUAGCACUGAUUGGUUUCCAUUCUAUUAUGAACUAAAAAUAGCAUUUGUAGCCUGGCUGCUAUCUCCCUACACAAAAGGCUCCAGCCUCCUAUACAGGAAGUUUGUACAUCCCACGCUGUCUUCAAAAGAAAAGGUAAUUUAUGCUGCUCAGCCUUUCACUCCUUCCAGCAAUGAUAAAUAUAUGCCUACCAAUGGAAUCCCUGCUAUUUUGGUAAUUAUCAGUUG